AUGAGCGAGAAGAAGAAGGCAAAGGCGAUAGCAUGGAAUGCACUUGAACAACAACGUAAGCUUGACCAUGUUCCCAAUUUAUUGGUCCUUAGUGUUUCUGCUGUAGUGGUACUCAGUAGGAGCACAAAACAACCAGCACCUCCUCUGGCUCCCUCUGGUCCUGAGGAAGAAGCUAGAGUGGAGGAAAAUGACGGCAAAUGUACAGCUGUUGUCACACCACUGCCUGAACAGCCCAAAACAAAAAAAGAAGCAUCAGAACCUCUGAUGGCUCCCCCUCUUCCUGAAGAAGAGGCCGAAGAAGAGGCUAAAGAUGUGGAAGAUACAAAGGAGCCACCAGAAACAGCUGAGUAUAGGAGAAGGGUUAUAAAGGACAGGUCAAUCCCAGUUUUUCACGCUGCUGUCUUUCCACCAAGCAGAAAACCAGCAUCCGAAUCUCCUCUGGCUCCACUUUUUCCUGAAGGAGAGGCUGAAGAAGAGGAAUACAAGGACAACUCUCCACCUGUUGUCAGACCAUGGCGUGAAUAUCCCAAGCCAGCCCUGGUAGAAGAGCUUUUGGCCAGCCAGGACUCCUCAGCCCAGGUGAAAAAGGUGGAGUGGCAGGAGAGGAUGCACAGACGGCGCAGUGUCUGCGAGCUCCUACUGAAAGCCUUAGCUGCCCUUGAGAGGAAGCACUCCCUAUUACAGAGGGAGUUGGGAGCUGUGAGAGAGACACUGGAGCAACCACAGCUUCAGAGGGAUCUGCUGAGAGACAGAGAAGAGAAGGAGGAGUUUGGCCUGGAACUGCUGAAGGCAGAGCAGUCAGUAGCAGAGCUGACAGGGGCUCAGAGUCAGCUGAGCGCAGAAAUAGCAGAUCUCCAUCUUGCAGCAGUGAAGAUGGGCGGCAUUGGUGGGGCUCUUGCACUGCGUUGUGUGCACCUGAACCAGCGUGUGCUGCAGCUGGAGCAAGAGAAGGAAGUUCCAUCAGCUGAAGUGGACAAGACAGAGAGAACAAAGAUCCCUAUGGCAAAGAAGAUGAACUUGCGUGAAAGAGGAAACAAAGGGAUCUGUGCAAAGAAGACCUACUUGGAGCAGCUGCUGGAGGAGGCAGAGGAGAAACAGGAGGAGCUGCGGGUGGAUCUGCUGAUCAUGGCUGAUGAGAAGGCAGAAAUCCAAGAGCAACUCCAGAAAGCAGAGGAGAAACAGGAGGAGCUGCGUGUGGACCUGAUCAUCAUGGCUGACGAGAAGGCAGAACUCCAAGAGCAACUCUGGGAAACAGAGGAGAAGCAGGAGGAGCUGCAGGUGGAUCUGAUGAUGAUGGCGGAGGAGAAGGCAGAAAUGCAAGAGCAAGUCCAUCAGGUCCUGCUAGAAAAGGAGCGUGAGAACAUUAAUUUAUUACACAUGCUCCUGCAGACUCAGGAAGAGCUAUUCCAAACACGGCAGCAGCUAGAGCAGCUCAGGCAGGAGGUGGGAGAGCGUCGAGAGAAUGGGCAGCUACACCUGACUAGCCAGAUCUACACAGGUUCUGCCAUCGAAGCUGCUGCUGCAGCAGCAUUGCCUGAAGAAGCCUCCACUCCCCAUCCUGAAAACCCAGGCACAGACAGCUUGUUCAGCAGCACAGACUGGGGGCCAGAGAUGACAGAGGAGAAGAGCCUAAAGCAACUGAAGGGCAUUGUAAGCGUCGGAGAUCCAGUGAAGAAAUACGCUGGAUGGGAAAACAUUGCCCAAGGGGGGUUUGGAACCGUUUAUAAAGCCCUUGACACUGCCACAGGAGGACAGGUGGCCAUAAAGAAAAUCAAUCUCCUACAACAGAGCACCAGGGAACUGUUGAAAGAGAUCCGCAUCAUGAGGGACAAGAAGAACCCCAAUAUUGUUACCUAUUUAGACAGCUAUCUUGUCGGUACGGAACUCUGGCUGGUGAUGGAGUACAUGGAUGGACACUCUUUGACUGAUGUCAUUACCGAGACCAGGAUGGGUGAAAAACAGAUAGCAGCUGUGUGUAAGGAGUGCCUGCAAGGACUGGCUUUCCUUCACUCCAACCAGGUGAUCCACAGAGACAUCAAAAGCGACAACAUACUCCUGGGCCUGGACGGAUCUGUCAAGCUGGCUGAUUUUGGCCUUUGUGCUCAGCUCACCGCUGAGCAGAGUAAACGGAGCUCGAUGGUCGGGACUGUUCAAUGGAUGGCACCAGAGGUUGUGAGAUGCCAACCAUAUGGCCCCAAAGUGGACAUCUGGUCACUUGGCAUCGUAGGAAUAGAAAUGGUGGAAGGAGAACCUCCUUACUUUCAGGAGACCGCUUUCAUGGCUCGCCACCUGAUAGCCACACGAGGGACACCAAAGCUGCAGAACUCCUGGCUACACUCCUUCCUCUUGUGUCACUUUCUGGACUGCUGCCUGCAGACGGAUGAGGACAAGCGAGACUCUGCCGAGGAACUCCUGCAGCAUCCAUUUUUAAAAUCGGCCGCGCCUCUCUCCCAUCUGGCGUCUCUGAUCAUGGCAGUGAAGCAGUGGAGGAAGUAA